ACUGCACAGAUGACUCUCAGAUGACUCCGUGGAUAGCUCGCCGGGCUAGCGCUCCGGGAUGCUCACGUUCACUCAAUCUUAUCCACACGGUCUUCCGUCCUAGGAGAUACUGUUCUAGGCAGCGUGUCCGGACAUCUCGACCUCGCUAUGGGCCGUGCGCCUCGCAUUCCCCGAUCGCGACUGGGUUCGCUUGUGUCCCCUUGGCCAGCGAUAGGCCGAAGGGCUCGCGGCCUCGAUCUAUCAUUGCUAUCUUGGAUUGGGUACGUUGGUUCUGGGCUGGGCAAUCCGGAUAAGCGCGCCGACUGGCGUUACUUUGUGCAUCUCGUAUUCCCCCGAUCCCGAUCGCCCUCGCGGGGCGACCCGGUGAGGUCAACGCAUACAUUGUACAACGUCCGCCAUUCGAGCCGCUUUGCAUACGAGAGGAUCUGCUCUCCGCGGGUUUUGGUCGGGAUGCGGGGAACGCCCCUAUUCAAUCAAAGUCGUCACCUGUCAUCACCGCAAGUCCAUGGUCAAAACCAACACAGUCUUCGUCAAAAUGGAAUGGGUGUCUUCUGUGACCACUCUGCUAGCCUUUUCUCUCUUCGCUCGGGAGACGGUCUGUAAUCUAUAUUUGAUCCUGGCUCAAUGACAGCUUCCGAGUCUCACCCAAUACCCCUCUAGCGUGUACUGGCUUCCCUUCGUCCACCGGUAUUCAUUGGCCCACCCUCGUGUAUAUCGCCCUCCUCGCGCGUGCAGACCAUCGCGACUGGUGAUCCCGAUGAACCUACCGACAUACCCCCGCGCUCGUCCGUUCGCUCACGGACACGGAUCGCUACUGGCCAGCUAUGGACGUCC